UCACUGGGCUGUGAAACGUAUGACAAGAAUAUAGUUAUAACAGAUUCCUCUUGGAUUUCCCCGCUCUCACUCACCUGGAACAUUUGUCUUUCUGAACCUCCGAACAUCUGAAUUUUCUACCGGGAUUUUACAUUGUUUCUGGAGUUAACUUUUGUAAAUGAUGAGGCUACGACGAAAGAAGAAAGACAAGAAAAAGAAUGGCGAAAUGAAAUCAGCCACACUGAGUGCUACAACGCAACACACGCCUCCUCCCGAGAGGAAAAGCAAGUUCUCCUCCAUAGGGAAAAUAUUCAAACCCUGGAAAUGGAAACGGAAGAAAAAGAGCGAAAAGAUAGAGAGAACAGCAAAAGAAAUAGAAAGAAAAAUUUCAAUUAGGUCAACACGAGAAGAAUUAAUACGCAAAGGUGUGUUAAAAGAUGUUGAUGCAGUUUCAACAUCAAAGCCGACGUCAGGCGAAUCUAAGUCUGCUGAUAAUGCCCAGAGUCUACAAGUGGAGGUCACACCUGAAUCUAACCACGUCAAUGCAGAGGCUGUGACAGAAGUUACUUCCUCAGAUGUGUCAACUUCCGAGUGUAAUGGCACUGCCACUGUAGACAGUGUAUCCGUGGAAACAACACCUGUUACCAUAACAACCCAAGCAGAGAUUACUUCCUGUUCAGCAAACACUACUGCACCAGUGUUGACCACAGCUCAGGUUAGACCUAUGGUAUUCCCACACCUACAGGGCACCACCACCCCUGAUUCUGGUGUGUCCAGCACAGAGUCACUGCCACCCACACAGGAAGAGAAAUCUAUGGAUCCACCUCCCCAUCCUGCUCCAGAGCAGAAAGAGAAGUCCGAGGAGAAGGGUGAAGAAGCAGUGGAAUUCAGUGAUCCAACUGGAACAUUCCAGAUAGCUCCGGCAUCUGACUGGGACAAUUCUAAACUUCCUAAAAAGAGUGCAUUAAAGGGGGCAGGACAGGCAGAGUCCCCCCCUGUCACUGAUUCCUCGUCCGUUCAUUUCUCACAUGUAGAUAUCAUAGAAUCCCCAGCCCCUGUAGAGGUAGUGCCCAUCACGGAACCAAAGUCCUCACCCAAAGCCACCCCUGUAGCAGCACCCCGGCCAAAACUCCGCGGAGGACUCUCAAAAUUCACGGCCAGUGAAAACAAAGAAAACCAAUCAGACCCAGCCGUGGCCAAACCGUCUUUCACAAACAGUCAAACGGACAAGUCCGACUAUAAUCCUGCGGACGAUUCUUCUUCUGAUGACGAGGAGAUCCGUUACCGUGACGACGAGGAUGAAGAGGAGGAUGAACCCGUCUCGGCACUGGCAGCCAAGGUGGCACGGCAGGAUAGCUUGGCGCGGUUCCUCAGCAACAGACCAACAAGAACGGAACUGGUGGAAAAAAAUAUCAUUCAGGAAAAAUCAAUAUUACAGAAAACUGAGGACAGGAAUGCCAUCGGCAGUAAGCUAAUCAGACGAUUGAGUUUAAGGCCCACUCAGGAGGAACUAGAACAAAGGAAUAUUCUACACACCCAAAGUAUUGACCAAGCUGAAAAAGAUAAAGAAGAGAAGAAAAGAUACCUCAUACGAAAGCUAAGCUUUAGACCCAGUAUAGAAGAACUAAAGGAAAGAAAGAUCAUCAAAUUCAAUGAUUACGUAGAAUGGACAGAUGCCCAUGAGUAUGACAGACGGGCAGACAAACCAUGGACCAGACUGACACCAAAAGAUAAGGCUGCUAUUAGGAAAGAAUUAAAUGAAUUUAAGAGUAAAGAAAUGGAUGUACAUGAAGAGAGCAAGCACCUCACAAGAUUCCAUCGACCUUGACAUUGACUGAGCUGUCCGUUCCUGGUGACCAGGAAGGAGUAUAACACACAGACUUUGAGCAGCUGGUCCUGUGUAAUCGUUUGCUCACUGCACAACCUGAUCAGGGAGUCCAUUAGCAGCUUCUGUUUCUUCUGAUUCCUCUGUGAUCAAUCGUCUUUCACUGCUUCCCCUACUUACUGUUAAGUGUCCCAAGAUGACAAGAUUUCAUUCUCUGUUUAAGCUUUAUUUUUUAUUUAUAUAUAAAUUGUUAUAUUUAGGGGGGGGGAAGGGAGAGAGUCACUGCAUAUAAUAAUGAAAAUUUAUUGUUCUACUUACUAUGGAUUAUCUGUUUAAUGAGGAAUUUGGGUAAAAUUUUCUAAAAUCACAGAGACUCCCAAGGAAAAAGACUUAUUUUUGUGUGCAAUAUGAAGGUAUGCCAUAAAUGUUGUGACUGAAUAGAGAGCAUGCUUGUCUGUAAAAAGAAAAAAAAGAUCAUAUUAAUGGUCUUCAUCAUAAGAAUCAUCCAUAUGCUGUUACUGUUACUUAACAAAUUAUUCCUACACUUCUAUGUGUUCUGAGCAUAUUGAACAAGAUUGUGAAGAUGGAUUCAUCAGUUUUCUUGGUUUCAGUGUCAUACAAUUUGGAACAAAAAUGCACCAACAUUCUUUUUUUCAAGUAUUUUGUGUAGUCUUGUUACAGAAAAAUAUAUUAUUGUACCUGUAAAUCCCAGUGCAUGUAUUGUAAAUCUACCGUAUAAGUAGAAUUUUUAGUGAGAGGCAUAUUUCGCUAUUGUUCUUAAAAAUCGGUAUUAAAUUUAGUGAGAAAUAAUUUUUACAUGUAAUAGUGAUUUUGUGAUGUCUUGAAUAAUAACAGUAAACUCAAAUGUAGGAAUGAAUUGUUAGCGAUAUUUAAUUUGAGUGAUCUCAACACCAUUGCUAAAAUUGCCAAAAUCAAAUCCUUGUUAAAAUUUCUGCUUUAUAUGGUAUGAGAAUGAUGAGUGCCCAUGCUUUUUAGGUACAUUUAACCUGAAGUGCUCAUAACAAUGAUUCAAAUCUAUUUCUCUCAGCUUCUGUAUAUUUCAGCAGCUGUGUCUUUUACAUGUUUCUGAUGCAAACCAUUUUCCAAUGUAUAUAUUUUGAAUUAUCUGAAUGUGAAGCAAUCUGAUUUAUUCAAGGUCUAGAACCAAGGAUUUCUGAAUUUUUUACUAAGUAACCUGUGUACUUCUUGCGGCAAUAUGCUUAUGUUCGUAGAACAGACUAAUUUUAUUUAUCCAUAGAAAUAAUUUACAAAAUUUCAUGUAAUUUUUUCCAAAGUUGACUUUUGUUAGAUUUUCUUCAAAUGGUGCACAUUUUAGAUGUAAAACUAGAAGACAUUUGUUUUAUCUUUCACCCAGUGUGUGUGUUUGUGGUCAGUUUUGUCAUGAAGACUUUAGUCAAGAUCUGUAACAUAUAGGUAUUUGCUAUGUAGAAGCAACAGUGAUAAUUCACAGCUUUUCAUUAGUGAUUUUUAUUUUGCUUUAUGAUUCACACAGCAUUGUAUGUUCAACUCUACAUGUAAAGCCAAAAGAAACUGUUAAUAAUCUCUAGGUUUAAUAAUGGGGUGUUGAAGGUUAAUAACUGAAUAAUUAAUAACCAUUUUAAUGCCAGAUUUUUGUAGUUGUCUGCCAGUUUGGUUGGAUCUGUUUCAAUACUUUUUUUUUAUAUAAUUGAAUGUUGUUUUGCAAAAUGAGAUGCAUUUAUGAUCCUAAUUUUUCACCAGUGAUGUAAUGCCUCUGCUGUUGUACAUAUGUGUGCUUAUGAUCAUUAAUUUAUGAACAGUGAUAGUGCUAUGCUUUCCCUGAACAGCCCCGACUUUAAUGUCCAAGCCCAAGCUUUCUUGUUUACACAGAUAAUCUAAAUGGUCCAGCAUGUAAAUAUUCUGGUAAAUGGGGGGUUACACUAAUACCCAAAGGGGAGAUCAUCUUUACAUUUUUUUUUCAAAAAGGGGAGAUCACCCUGAUAUUUUGGUAAACAGGGGAUAUCACCUCGAUACCCAACAGGGGAGGUCAUCCUGAUACCAGGGUGCAUCAUAUCAGCAAACCUGGCAUCAGUUCAUAUUCAUUCCAUCAUUACAUUUUGUCCGAAGGAAUAAUGAAUUCACUUCAGAACAUUUCUGUGAUAUGUAAAUCAUUUGCUGUCAUCGUUUAGAAACAAUGGUGUACUAAAAGGUCAUUUUUAAUUAUUGAUUGUCAUUAUAUGUACAUGUAUAAGAGAUAAGAAUACAAAGUUCUGUAUAUCUACAUGUACAGCCUUAAUUUGUGUAUACUUUGUACUACUGUCACAUCCUGUCAAUUGGCUAUAGAUGUAACAGUACAUAGGGUUUAUAAUUGUACCCAGCAUUUUAUACUGUCAAUACAGUAAACUAUAAAAAAAAAUGA